AUGAAAUUCGCUUGGAAUUAUGUAUUUGUACUCAUCUUGUUGGCGUACAUGAUAGGCUCUGGUGUGCUACUAUUUUCACGAGGUUUUCUACUCUCGCGUGUGUCCAAAACAGAUGUCAGCUCUUGUCGUCGUUUAUCCACAAAUCCAAAUGAUGAAUACUAUCUCACUGAAGAGAUUGUGCAAGAAAUCUUUAAAGAUGUUAAUGCUUCAUCGAAUUUAUGUCUUCCACAAAAGUCAAAAGUAAUUAUUUUAUUAAUAGACGCGCUCAAAUAUGAAUUUGGAAUAUUUAACGAGAAUUCAAUAAAUCCAUUGGCUUUUGAAAAUAAAUUGCCCAUAAUGCAUGAACUACUGAAACAGUUCCCAGAACAUACACGUAUGAUGCGUUUUAAGGCUGAUCCACCCACCACAACAUUACAACGUUUAAAAGGUCUCACAACUGGUAGUUUGCCAACUUUUAUUGAUAUUGGUUCAAAUUUCGCUUCGCCAGAAAUCAACGAAGACAAUAUUAUCGAUCAAAUGGUUAAAAAUAAUGUGCCUGUAGUGUUUAUGGGUGAUAGUACUUGGACAGAUUUGUAUCCACGUCGUUUUAAACGUACAUAUGCAUAUCCUAGUUUUGAUAUAUUCGAUUUGGAUACAGUUGAUACGAGAAUAGAAAAACACUUACCUAAUGAAUUGGUUAAAUCAGAUUGGCAAGUGUUAAUUGCACAUUUUUUGGGCGUUGAUCAUUGUGGACAUAAGCAUGGACCUAUGCACCAUGAAAUGGCACGUAAGCUAACCGAAAUGAACAAUGUUAUAAGAAUGGUUAUUGAUAAAAUGGAUAAUGAUACUACGCUAUUUGUAAUGGGAGAUCAUGGUAUGACUGCUUCGGGUGAUCAUGGCGGCGAUACUGAUGAUGAAACAAAUGCUCUGUUGUUUGCUUAUUCCAAACAUAAUGAGUUUAUCAGCAGUAGCUAUGGUUCAGAUAAAGAAAUACUGCAACAGAUUGAUCUGGUACCAAGUCUUGCUACAAUCCUAGGUAUUCCCAUACCUUAUUCAAAUUUGGGUCUAGUUAAUUUCAAUAUAGUACCAGAUGUUGUCGUACCACAUAUGCAUAAAAUCCAAGUACUGCUAUUACACGCUUGGCAGAAUGCACAACAAAUUUAUAAAUAUUUCUAUAGUUACGCACUGGAAAAUAAACGCACAUUCGAUGUUGAAGAUAUGGAUAAACUAGAUACAGAGUUUAUAUUACUGACGCAUCGCGUAAAGGCCAUCUACAAUGAAGCUGCAUUUAAAUCCUUUUUCGGUGAUGUAAACAUACAACUUCGACAAGUUCUCAAGACUUGCCGCGAAAUUUGGGUUAAGUUCGAUGCAAAUCAAAUGUCACAGGGAUUACUGAUAACAUUCUUACCUAUUUUCUUCACAUUUUUAUUAAUCAACAAUACACGAGCUGGAGAUUUUUACAAAAUCUUUACAGCGAAAGGAAUUACCUACAUUUAUUUAUUGAAUUUGGCAGCUGGCGUGUUUGGCUACCGAUAUUUCAAGAACUUCUCAUUUAAAACCGAAGAAAAUGGCAUUAUAUUUUUUACGAAUAUUAUGAGCAUAUUAAUAUUAAUGUUCUAUACAUUUCAAAAUUGGUCGACAAUCGCUUUGAAUUGGUCCGGUGUUAAACGUUUUGGAAAUAUGCCGACGCGCGUAAUCAUUUUCUUCACAAGCAGCGUAUUUUUCUCGAAUAGCUUUAUAGUGCAGGAACCUAAAAUACUGGCCUAUCUGUUGGUUGGUGUUUUAAUAUUACUCGUCUUUGAGUUGCUACGGAGAAGUGUACGUAUUGAUUUUAAAACUAAAUUUAAGGUGUCACAAUUCUUAAAAUCAGCCACAUUUAAACUAAUACUCAUCACAAUAUUGGCUAUAGUAUUCGUACGAUUUGCAUUUUUGCUGUUCCGUUGUCGUGAAGAACAAGGAAAUUGUGCAGAUUUUUCCAACAACUCAACCGGUUUCUCCCUGAAAAAACCAUCGACCGGUAAAGCUUAUUUAAUGGCUGUAGUUAUUAUUGUCUUAUACACUACACUUACACGUUUAUAUUUGCGUUCUUGCGGUAAUUUGACGGGGAACUCUGUUAAUGUACUAUUAGCACGUUACGGUCCGACCAUUGCGUCCAUAUGCGCUGGCGGACACAUACUUUUGUCAAGCAGUUCUGUCAAGAAUAUACAACGUUCACAUAUAGAUGCUAUGGCUUUGGUUAUUUACGCUUUGCUAUUAGUUCAGAUUAUUGUGCUAAGCAUUGCACCACUAAUGGUGUUUGUGUUGCCACCUAAAAAUAAUUCCACUGUGACUGUGAAACGAGGCGAGAGCAUUGUACCGGAAAUAUUUAAAAAAAUGAAGCGCAUAUAUGAAGGAGAUGAGUCUGAAAAACGUUUUGAGAUACCAGUAGUCUAUGGUCUUGCCACUAUCUAUUCCUCGGUUGUGAUAUCUUUUGGUGUAUUUUUAGCAAUCAUGCUUAUAGUACUACUUGAACCAAAAUCAGCUAUCGGCAUUAUUAUCUGCUUAGCGAUAGGAGCGGUAAUACUAUCCGUGCAUUCCAUUUUGCGUUAUAGAACUGCAAAUAAUUUUGAGACAUGCAUACAACCCACAUUUACUGCUAUUGUUGGUUGGUUUCUCUUAGCACAUUUUUGUUUCUAUGCAACCUCACAUCAAACUACAUUAUCUCAAAUUGAUUGGCGUGCAGCUUUUGUCGGACGUACAACCAGCAUUGGACAAUCCAAUUUUAUAUCUGGAAUUUUAGUUAUCUUAAAUACUUUCUGUGGUCAAAUACUUUUCUUUUGCUUAUAUGGCUUACUGAGCACGGAAACAUUCUCCAUCUUUGCACUAUUUCCUUCGCUUAUUAAAACUAACUCAAAUCGUGAUACUCGCAAAGGAGAAGUAUUAGAAUCGCGUGCCAAUAACACAGCACAACCACGUUCGCUUGUGGAAAUCUCGAACGAAUGUGUUGGAUUUGAUAUGACACGUGGAGAACUAACACUUUUCGAAAAUGAAUCUAUAUUUCUUGGCACAGUUUUCAAGCUAGCAGCACAAUUUUUCAUGUUGCAAGGCGUAAAGAUAUUUUGUGCUAUGAUGGCCUGCACAAUACACUGUCGUCAUUUAAUGGUCUGGAAAAUAUUCGCACCACGCUUUAUAUAUGAAGCAUUGGCCACAUUUGUCAGUUUCCCCGCGCUCAUUGUAGGUUAUUUACUUAUCGUACGGAUACACUUCGCGGUAGACAGUUUAGUGAAAAGAAUAAAUAAAGUGAAAUGAAGCUAAGAAUUUUUAUCGUGUAGGUUAGCACCAAUCCAAUGUGGUCAUUAAUUGUUUACACAUUUUUGUUAAUUAUUUAUUAAAUUGCUUACUUGUAUUGUAAGCAUUUGUAUUGAAACUGCUAGUCACUUAGAAAUAAUGGCUACAGUACAAAGACUUAAUUGUAUUAAUGAAAACAGCAAUAAGCUUUUUUAAAGUUUUGUAUUAAUUCUAGCUUAGCUUUUAUAGUAUAGUAAAUUAUAUUAAUAGACAAAAUGCCGUUUAAUUUGAAACUACCUCAUUCAACUACGUCGAAUUUCCUGGAAUGCUGUUAAAAAUGUGAGUUAUACUAUUUUAUACAUAAUAUUGUGUAUGUGGAGUAGUAUAAAAUCAUUUGUAUUAACACAUAUAGUAAGUUAAUCUAAUACGUAAUUUUGUGUAAGUAGCAACUGAAGAGAUUUUAAUCGUGUCAAGUUAAUUAUUUGUUUAGUUGUAAAAAUAGUAUCAAUCUUUGUCUUAAACAUAGUAGCAAUUGUAAGUGGUCUUUAAAUUUUAGUAAUUCUUGAAAUUUAACAACUAAAAAAACAAACAUUUAAAGUGAUUUAAAUACGUUCGAUUUUGAAGCCUUGCUUUUUAUACCUUGCCAAUCAUGUGGAAUCAAAUAUAUAAGCUUUCAAUACUAUAUAACUAAAUUAUCACCCAACCAAUUUUGUAAAACUAAACAGACAAUUCUAUGAUUUUGAAUGUAUACCCUAUCAAUGCUGUGGAACCAAAUCUACACCUAAUCAAUCCUGUAAAACCAAAUGUAUACCCAGUCAAUUUUGUGAAACCAAAUGUAAGACCGGACAAUCUGUGCAACAAAUCUAUAUGCAAUCAACACUGUAUUUAACAAAAAAAUAUAUUCAACUAAUCCGUGAAACCAAAUUUGAUGCCACUCAAUCAUAUGAAACCAAAUAUAUACCCAAUCAUUUCUUUGGAGCCAAAUGUAUACCUAAUCAAUUCUGUAAAAUCAAAUGUAUAUCCAGUUAAUUUAAUGAAGCCAAAUGUACGGCCAAUCAAUCUUGUAAUAUCAAAUGUAUACUAAGUCAAUUCUCUGAAAUAAGUCUACUAUACUGUGGAACCAAACUUAUAUUUCAUCAAUUCCGUGAAACCAAAUUUAAACCUAAUCAAUCAUAUGAAACCAAAUAUGCAACCAAUCGUAUGGAAACAAAUAUAUAUCGUGUUAAUUCUAUAUAACCAAAUUUUAGUCCAACCUAUGAUAUGAAACUAAAUACAUACCCAAUCAAUUUUGUGGAACCCAAUGUAUAUAGUCAAUUUUCUGGAACCAAAAGUACAGCCAUUCGAUCCUUCAGGUCCAAGUGUAUAUCGUGUUAAUUCUAUGGAACCAAAUUUAAACCCAAACAAUCUUGUGGAAGCAAAUAUAAACCCAUUCAAUUUUUUGAAUUCAAAUGUAUACACAGUCAAUUUUAUGGAAUCAAACAUACUGCCUUUCGAUUCUUCAGGAUCAAAUGUGUACCGUAUUAAUUCCAUAGAAUCAAAUGUGCUUUUUCACAUUUAAUGACUCUCGUUUUAGAAAAGCUA